GGUCCACUCGGGUCAGUGGAGUAUCCGGGCUCGAUUGCGCAAUUCAGCAGCCCACGGCACAUAAAGCUACUUGUAUCGUUGCUGCUUCUGCUGCUGCUGCUUGUGAAGGGACACUUCAUCCCACUCCGGGUCGGACGUCUGGGUUUUUGAACAGCAGGCCACGUCUUAAAUAAGAGUAAAAUGUCCGAUGAGGCUGAAGGAACGAGGACGUUGGAAGAACGGGUGAAUUGUCUCUUUUUGUAUGAAAUGGAUGAUACGGUUAUUAGUCCAGAGAAAGCAGAAGAGGCCAAAUUAAAGGCCAGGUACGCCGGUCUUGGAGCCAAACCCGGGGGAUCGGAUUUCCUGAGAAAAAGACUUCAGAAAGGGCCAAAGUAUUUUGAUUCCGGCGACUACAACAUGGCCAAAGCCAAAAUGAAGAAUAAGCAGUUGCCAUCAGCCCUGUCGGAGAAGUCCGAGAUCACUGGCGGUCACAUCCCAACGCCUCAGGAUUUGCCUCAGAGAAAGACUUCUAUUGUGGCAAGCAAGCUGGCUGGCUGAUUGCUCUGCUGUUGUUACCAUUCCCACCACUGAGUCAAACCCACCUACCUACCUUCUGCUGUCUUUUCACUUCUGUGUGUUCUUUUCAAAGUUCAAACCAAACAUGUGAGAAAGGAAUUUAAAAGUCAGAUCCAGCAAGUUGGAAUUCUAAAAUGCUCUGAAACAAGAGCCAUGACUUGCUUGCACGUGAUUUCACACUUAAAAAUGAGUGCUACCUCAUUUUGGUAUAAUAUUUCACUUUUGAAAAAUACAGGGUGCAGGAGGAAAGCAGUGUGUAGAGGCUUGUUUGUUAUUGACAAAAAGAAUCUUGUUGCUGAAACUCUUGCUAAGAAGCCAGUGACUUAAUAUUGGGUAAAAUAGUCAUUUUUGCAUUUGGAUAUGUCCCUCAGUUGAACUUUUUAAGUACAAAUGCUCAUGUGGAGUCAUCCCUCUGUUCUAUUGAUGCAUCAAAUAUUCUCACACCUCGGUGUAUAAUAUCAGGUCUGAUUGCAUACAGUUGUGUUUUAAUGGGUUUCUGACAGUGGUCUCCGAAGACUUGAAGAACGGGCUCAUCAUCCAAACUCUCGAAAUGGCCUUAAUUGAAGUAUACUGUUUUUCUUGAGCAAUAUUUGCUGUCAGAAGAGUCAUGUCACUGUUCGACUUGAAUGGUUUAGGAUUUUAAGGAAGGAAACUAAUAAACUAUGUACUGUAUGUGGAGUGGGGUGUGUAUGUGCAAACACACUGUGCCAUUUGUUGUGUAAAUAAAAUAAAUUUUGCAUAAUAUUC